ACAACCAUAUAAGUUUGCCCCUCCCCCCCCGCCUGUGCUGCCAUCUGCCACGCAUCCUGAUCUAGCUUGUCUGAUCUCGGCUCAGCUUCUUUUUUCAUCGUUUUUUUGCUUCUUGGGAUUCGAUUCCGUCUCUUGGCUUUUCUCCUUUUUACUCCAGCAAGCUUCACGAAAAAAACAACGCAGCAUAAGCCAUUGCCGACCAUGGACGCCAAAUUGCUCGAGGCCUCGGCCAAGUUCCCCAUUGUCGCAGGCCAGACCUACAAGUAUGGUACUGCCGGCUUCCGCAUGAAGGCUGACCUCCUCACUGGUGUGUCUUUCCGUGUUGGUCUUCUUGCUGGUCUUCGCAGCAGAAAGCUCCACGGCCAGGCCAUUGGUGUUAUGAUCACAGCCUCUCACAACCCCGCUCCCGACAAUGGUGUCAAGAUUGUCGACCCCAUGGGCGAUAUGCUCGAGCAGGAUUGGGAGCCCUACGCCACCCAGCUUGUCAACUGCCCUACCGACCAGGACCUCCUCGAUACCUACAAGAGCCUCGCCGCUCAGCUCAAGAUCGACCUCUCAACCCCUGCCCGUGUUGUCUAUGGCCGCGAUACCCGCCCAUCUGGCCACAGCCUGGUCACAGCUCUCCAGGGCGCUCUCGAUGCUACCGAUGUCCAGCACACCGACUACAAGAUUCUCACUACUCCCCAGCUGCACUACAUUACCCGCUGCGUCAACACUGAGGGCACUCCCAAGUCCUACGGCAAGACCAGCGAGGCUGGAUACUACGAGAAGCUGUCCGAGGCUUUUGUCCGUGCCCUUCGCGGUAAGAAGAUCCAGGGUCCUCUUAAUGUAGACUGCGCCAAUGGUGUUGGUGGACCCAAGUUCAAGGAUAUGCUCGCCAUUAUCCCCAAGGAUGUCACCGGCUUCGACGUCAACAUUGUCAAUGACGACGUUUUGAGACCUGAGGUCCUCAACCUCGAUUGCGGUGCCGACUUUGUCAAGACAAGACAGAGAGCCCCUCCUAACCCCAAGCCUGUUCCCGGCGUCCGAUGCUGCUCUUUUGAUGGUGACGCCGACAGACUCAUUUACUACUGGGUCGACCCUGACAGCGGCUUCUUCAUGCUUGACGGUGACCGUAUUUCUUCGCUCGCUGCCUCCUUCAUCGGAGAGCUCGUCCGCUCUGCUGGCCUAGAGGAUGACCUCCGAAUCGGCGUUGUCCAGACUGCCUACGCCAACGGUGCCAGCACCACUUACAUUGAGAAGAACCUGCAGCUGCCUGUUGUUUUCACCCCCACUGGUGUCAAGCACUUGCACCACGCCGCUUGCCAGUUUGACGUUGGUGUCUAUUUUGAGGCUAACGGUCACGGAACUGUCGUCUUCUCGCAGGAGGCUUUGCGUCUCUUCCGUGAGAAGGAGCCCCAAUCGCCUGCCCAGAAGGACGCCCUUGAGACUCUUGCCGCUGUGUCUGACCUCAUCAACCAGACCGUUGGCGAUGCCAUUUCCGACAUGCUCAUGGUUGAAGUUAUCCUGGCUCACAAGGGCUGGACCCUCAAGGAUUGGUCCACCACCUACACCGAUCUUCCCAACCGCCUUGUCCGCGUUGAGGUCGGUAACAAGGACCUUUUCAAGGCUACGGAUGCUGAGCGCCGCCUGAGCCACCCUCCUGGCGCGCAAGACGAGAUCGACCAGUGUGUUAGAAAGUACACGACGGCCCGCUCGUUUGCCCGCGCCAGUGGCACAGAAAACGCAUGCCGCGUCUACGCCGAGGCUGCGACUCGCUCUGAGGCUGAUGAACUCGCCCAAAAGGUUGCCCAGAUUGUCAAGCAGUUUGGUUCAUAGGGUGGAUUGAAGUUUGCCGGCUAGCUGGGAUGCGUUGCGUUGUCGGCGCUACAUUUCGGGUGCUGGCGACAUUGCGAGUUCAAGUCGCAAGUGCUUCUGGGCAACGCUUGAGGUGCUACCCAAAAGAAGACAGAUGAAAAAGAUUGUUUAUAAAUUGGUUUGAUUUGGACGACGGCAUAUCACAUGAUAGUUUGAUUUCCCCGAGUUGUAGCGCAACUUGACGGGGCCGGAAUGUGGUAUACAUCCACGCCGAGAUGAAAAGCAAAAAAAGUUUAGAGCGAAUAUAACAAGGUAUAUAUCACGAGUUCGAUCUGCAUGGGGAUAUGUUGUGAACCGUUACACAGCCGGGGGCGUGAUUGUUUGUUUGGUGCAACAAGGGAUGACAUGGUUAACAAACGUAGAGCAUCUGACACCGAUAAUACGUAUCGUAGUCCUGUGCAUCAUCCAUCAUCGCUUCUGUCGCAACGGUUUUAAAGUUGUUUUUAGUCGUCAAAGCUUGGCUCUCUUUUUGCACCUCUGGCGGUUAACCGUCUUUCUAUAUGACACCAUCAAGGUUACAGCGGCCAAGACCCUGAAGACAAGCCCUGGAGAGGCGUCUUGUUCCGCACGAGUAAAAGGAUUUGGUUGACAAAAAAUGGCAUCCUUGCGGGAGGAUUGGGGAAUUUUAAAACAAAAUAUUCCAAUGGUUAUAUAUACACACAAAAUAUAUAUACUGUGUUUCUCACCUGCAUCGUCAUUUUCCUUGGUCGCGUGCCCGCCUGC